CAGGCCACUGGACUUGGCGGUCAAGCAGUUGCAGGACAUGAUAGUAGUCGAGUAGAAAAUAUGAAUAAAGUCACCAACAGAAGUAUUUUAGUACGAUUUAAUGCUGAUGUCGCUUCAAGUAUGCAGUGGAAUUUUCGUCCCCACCAGCCAUCUGUGAGAGUUUUACCUGGAGAAACAGCUUUGGCUUUCUAUUCAGCAAAGAAUCCAACUGACAAACCUAUUAUCGGUAUAUCUACUUAUAAUAUUAUUCCAUAUGAAGCUGCAAUGUAUUUUAAUAAGAUUCAGUGUUUCUGUUUUGAAGAACAACGAUUGAAUCCUCAUGAGCAGGUAGAUAUGCCAGUAUUUUUCUACAUUGAUCCAGACUUUGUGGAGGACCCGAAACUGGAAAACAUCGACACGAUAACACUGUCAUACACAUUUUUUGAAGCCAAAGACGGGCUUAAAUUACCAAUGCCUAACUACAUCACCAGUUAAAAGUACACUUCCAUUAUGCAUACACCUUUGGCAGUGAGUUUCUGCCAACUGUACUUAUGUUAUUUACGAUGUUGUUUUAAUUAUGGUUUAUAUUACAGUAUAUGAGAAAUAAUUAUCUGCUACCCAUGGCAUGAUAUAUGAAACGAGUUAUACUUUUUACUUCGUAGAUACUGGUUUCUUUCUGUGACUGCUCUACACUAAAUAAUUUAUGGCUUUUUGCUGUAUGUUUGGUGAAUUUGCAAAGAAGUGAAUUUUAGAUAGCAAUAGGGAUGAAAUUGAUAUAAUGAAGCCUUCUAUAAAUGUAAUCCUUAUUUUAUUUUGAUUUUUUUUUUGGUAAACUGUCUUUAUAGUUGAAAAUAUAUACAUAUAUUUCUUCAAUUAUAUAUAUAUAUAUAUAUAUAGGCGUAGGAGUGGCUGUGUGGUAAGUAGCUUGCUUACCAACCACAUGGUUCCGGGUUCAGUCCCACUGCGUGGCACCUUGGGCAAGUGUCUUCUACUAUAGCCUCGGGCCGGCCAAAGCCUUGUGAGUGGAUUUGGUAGACGGAAACUGAAAGAAGCCCGUCGUAUAU